AUGAAAUCGGUGCUGCAAAGCACACGAGGUGUCCGUUCCCUCAACUCGACCAACUUCCCAGCUCCAUGGCCAUUCGUGAAAAAAGGCGCGUUUGGACAGCGCAAAAUCGGUCCGAUGAACUAUGAAAAGUUCAAAGUGCCCGGACAGAAUCGCGAGUUUCCAGAACUUUCGCCCAAAUUUCAGAAGUUGAAUCCAAAAGAGUUGCAUAGGUACGGUACCACGAUCAGAUAUUUUUUUGAAAACCACGUGGCAAUUUACCUAUUUUCUAGGUACACUGGUGUCCAACCUGACGGAUAUCAUGAUGAAAAGACUGGAGAAUUCGUGCCAGUCAAGGAGAUGCGUUCCCAACUUGUCGUCCCGAACCUAGAUGGCUUCAAGCUCCGCCCAUACGUCUCCUACCGUACUGACGUUCAAAUCGAGAAGCGACGAGUGGCAUACGAGAAGAAAGUGCUGGAGAAGGGAUCGGAACGACUGGCGGACUUGCAUACUGUUGAGGAUGAGAGAUGGCCACCACCGAGAAUGACACCGGAGACACUGUUCGAAUUGCAGUACGGUGAGAAGAUUCGAAUUGCGUAUAAAGCUGGACUCUACGGGCCAGUGACGGAAACACCCAAAAAGAAUGCUUGA